UGUGUGUAUUAUGAGCGUGCUAGAAAGUCUUCUGCCACUUUAAAUGCGAGAGCUCUUUAAAGCUUGGUGGGUUGUGAUUGGAUUUUAAUGUAUUUUUUCGUUUAUCAACUAGAAAAAAAUCGUGCUGAAAGUGAUUUCAACACAUUAUUUCUUCAACUGUAAAACUUAAACUUCAAAGAAACCUCGUUUUUCAUUCCUCACUCAUUUUGCCAACUUACUUGAAAUAACAGGAUUAUCUGGUUGUAUUUAGCCUGAAGUGAGGGUUGGCUAACUUAUUAGUCAGCGUUAGAGACAGGGGAGGGAAAGGAAGAGAGAGACAGGCAGAGAGGGAGGGAGAGAAAGGACAGCCGUGGCUCAGAGGGGGUUACAUACACAUCACUCGGGUGAGGGAAGCAGAGUAGGAAGAGAGAGGAGGGGGAAAGGAAGGACAAAAAAGAAGGAAAGAAGGGGGACACUACACUGUUUGUUUUCGUUUGUAUUGCUUUGUAUUAGAGGGGGAAAAGUCUGCCUUUCUCUUUAAAUGAACGGCUAAAUCUUUGCAAACGGCUUCCAUCUUUAUUUAAAAGAAAACACUGGGCCACGAGGAAGACGCUGGAGUUUGAAGCAUUUGUGGCUUACUUUUUAAAGCAAAGGGAGACACGCGGUUUGCAGUCCUGUAAGUGCUUAGCGACUUGAUAGAUUGUGACAAGACCAAGCGAAGCAAACAAUCAAAUAUAGAAGUAACUUUAUAUGACUUUAGAAAUAUUAUUAAGUAGUUGCCAAAUGCCAUUGAGUUCUGCGAGAAGGAAUAAAUAGUAGCUCCAUUAUUGGCCUUUUAAAUCACAUUGCUCAGCAAACACGGGGAAGAAAAUCUGAUCUACUGUAUCAGCCGGUUAUUCACAGUAUAUUAGCGGACUAUGGCGGCGGUAACAAGUCCAGAAUCGAGCCAACAAGCUCGCGUUUACUUCCAGACGCCCCCCGGUUCAACCGAUGAAGCCGAGACCCCGGUCCGCAAGCAAGGACGGGUCACAGUGAAAUACGACCGGAAAGAACUGAGAAAGAGACUUAAUUUGGAAGAGUGGAUUAUUGACCAGCUAACGGAUCUCUACGACUGUGAGGAGGAGGCAAUUCCAGAGCUGGAGAUUGAUGUGGAUGAACUGUUGGACAUGGAGAAUGAUGUAGACCGUGCUGCAAGGGUCAAGGAACUGCUGGUAGACUGUUAUAAACCUACUGAAGAGUUUGUAGCUGAAUUGCUGGACAAGAUCCGUGGCAUGCAGAAGCUUAGUACUCCUCAGAAGAAAUGAAGCUUCUCCCACCUCCACCCUUCUUCAAUCAAUCUCCUCCCUCCUUUUCCAAUUUUAGGGGUGUAAAUUUUUUCAUCCCUGAGCAGGUGCUCAACCAGUCCCUUUGCCUCUUUUGCAACCGUUGAGGAGGAGGUGGAGGCAAAAUGAUGGGAGGUUCAAUCAGAUCCUUAUAAGCAGGGCUUAUUUUUCUUGUUUUGUUGUUUUUAUUUGUAUUAUUUUAUUCUAUUUCACUUUUUUUUGUAAAGGGGGAAAGAUUUUAUUGUUUUGAAAUGUUUAAAUGUAUUUCAUGUAUGCAUUACUGUGCAUAUUAGUCUUUAUACAUAGAAUGGUUUUAUUUUAUGAGUUUGGAUUUUUGUUAGAAUUUUGUUGUUGGUUUCAAAGCUUCCUGUUCUGUCUCAAUGAACGCAUGGACUAAAACCCUUUGUGAAACUGUGACGAUACUUGGUUUAAAAUUACAUCAGAGGAGAUUAGACAGAAGCGGCCUUGUGGAUUUUUCUUUCUUUUUUCCCCCCUCUCUUCCUUGAAUAAGUGUGCAGGAGCAUUCAUGGAUAUUUUAAUAAUAAAAAAAAAAACUAAUAAAGAGAGUGAUUAAAGCUUUUUUAAAGUGAGGGAAACUGUGGUAUUAACAGGGAAGGGAGUUGUGCGUAGGAAAAAAAUUGGGGCUUUGAUUCUUGUCUAUAAUUUUCCCCUGUCUUGCCACAAACACACACACACACACACUCACUUUCUGAAAUUCAUGGGCAUCACCACCCUCAGGGAUCAGGAGAAAUUACCACACACAACCACAGCUGUGGCUCUUGGGCCUCACACACAUCCACAGAUGUGCACACUGACUCUUCCAGAGACCGAUAGGGAGGAACUGGAGAGCAGGCUAGACAAGCUGCAGUGCGUCACGGUCACUGCCAAACGUACGUUUAGAAUUAAUCCUCACAUUACUUUUCUAAAUCAUGUUUCCCAGGAAGCCAUCUGCUCUUUUUGUCUCAGCCAAUCAAAUAGUAUAAUAAGAGGGCUAAUAGUCUCACUCAGUGCUCUUGAAAUUCACCAAUCCAACAUUUCCAGCAGGUGUUUUAGGAGAGCUUUUCCCAUAACGUACUAACACAUCACUAGCAUCUGUAGAUAUUAAUCAUUCAUCGAUGCUCCUCCUCAUCCCAUCUGAGUUCACUUGUGAAUUAAAUGAAAUCAGGUACAAUGACAGCUGUCCUGGUUGCGUAACAAAUGUUUUCUCUCUUUCUCUGCCCCCCCCCUUCCCCCUAUUUUUUGUCUUUAUUUCACCAGCUCCUCAGCAUUUUUAUUUUACAUAAGAGUCACUCUCCCUACUCUUCAGAUGUUGCCUUAGGUUACAUUUUAUGUUGUGACAACCAAAUGAAUUGAAUCAUGUUUGAGAAACAUGAAAAAAAAAAAAAAAAAAAAAAUAGCUGCAAAAGUUGAAAUCUUUUUGAAGUUUUAGAAUUAAAGGUUCUUGUAUUUUCAAUGAUUUUUUUUUCUAGAAAAGGAAGUUGAAUAUAUACCAAGCAAUUUUUAGAUAUGUUAACUAUUAACAUAAAACGGUAGCAUAAGUUUUUAUCAGUGCUGUUGAUUUCUCUUACCUGUGUCCAUUGAGAUACGGGAGGAUUGAAGAAUCAGUUGGAUUUAAAAGAGAAACAAUUUGAAUUUAGGAAAUUGUAAGCAAUUGUGCAAGACUGCACUCAAGGUCAAAGCUUUUGAAGAAGAAAAAGUAUCUUGUAGCAAUACUAAACUGUCUUGUUUUUUGCCCAGUUUUGUUACACUUUUAUGCAACUUUAAUAAAAAUGUGUUAAAUUACAA